AUGGAAUCAAACAAUACUCCUAACAGUCAGUCUCAGUCCUACUUUAGCCUUCUUAACUUCUCAUAUGACAGCUUUGCUCCCAAUGUAAACAUUGGGACCUCUCAAAUCCCUGUUUUUAGUUCACAAACUAGUUCACAGCCGAGUCAACCUCCUAGUCAAUCAGAAGAGACAGCAGAACAGCGUAGGGAGAGAAGAAUAUGGUCCACACAAGAUGACUUAGUCCUAAUAAGUGGAUGGUUAAACACAUCGAAGGAUGCAAUAGUUGGGAAUGGCCAAAAGUCAGGGUCCUUUUGGAUCCGUAUAGGAGAUUAUUAUGGAACAAGUAGUCAUGUACGUGGUGGUGCUGAGCCUAGGCUCCCUGACCAUUGUAGACAAAGAUGGCAAAAAAUCAGUAAGGAUGUGAGCAGGUUUUGUGGAGCCUUUGCAGAGGCAGAGAGUGAGAAAGCUAGUGGCAUGGACUCUGAAUACGACUAUGGUAUAAACAGCCCAUUAGACUAUAGUUCCGAAGAGGAGGAGGAGGCUGGGUCGGACUCGGUUGACGAAUAUAUACGUCUUGCUGAAACAACUGCUCGUAAAUGUUUGGAACAUUUCAUCGUCGGAAUAGUUGACUUGUUUGGCACUGAAUACCUACGCUGA